AUGGAGGGCCAUCAGCGGGAGCUCAAGAUAUCCAAGACAAAGUGGCUUGGGGAUUCAGAGCCCGACCGAGCUUCGAAUUCCACAUUCUACUUCAAACUCCACAUCCUGCUUCGAACUCCACAUCCUACUUCAAACUCCACAUCCUACUUCAAACUCCACAUCCUGCUUCGAACUCCACAUCCUGCUUCAAACUCCACAUCCUACUUCAAAUUCCACAUUCUGCUUCGAACUCCAACUCCACAUCCCACUUCAAACCCACAUCCUAAACUCUCAAAACUCCACAUCCUGCUUCGAACUCCACAUCCUACUUCAAACUCCACAUCCUACUUCAAACUCCACAUCCUGCUUCGAACUCCACAUCCUGCUUCAAACUCCACAUCCUACUUCAAAUUCCACAUUCUGCUUCGAACUCUCCUUCAACUUAACUCUCACAACUGA